CUAACGAAAUUUUUUUUAUACUUUCGUUUAAUUAUAGUAAGUUUGCAACAAUAAUUCUAGUUAGAGUUAUUUCUUUUUCUAUUUCGUUAUUUAUUUCUGUGGAUCAAUGUACUCGUAUGUACAUAUAUCAGUGUUUACAUAGUAUAUGUAUACGAUAUCACGCGGUUUUAGGAAAAAAACUGUUUCAAACAAAAGUUGUUGGCUUGAAGGGGGACGUAAGAUGAUGUGAUAUCGAGAUAUAUUUUGAUUUUGAAAAUUAAAAUGGGACACCUUGUAUAUACUUUAACAAGGUGCAUCAUUAUUACAAUAGGUAUAUAUAAUACAUUCCAUAGUGACAAGCUCAAAAUUGAAUUAUUAAUGAUCCACUUUUAAUACACGUCACAAUAUGUUGAAAAAUACUUGUUAUAAGCGCACUCAAACCAAUCAAUCAACUUCUUUCGUGUAAUUACUGAUACAGUAUGCAUCAUUUCAAUAGAUCUGAGAAACAUUUCCAUCAGACCUUUGUUAUCCACACGCUAAGAAAUGAGCGUUUCUCCCCUCUCAUCAUCAUUUUCUUCAUGCAUACGAUAUAUGCAGAAAGUGCUACGCGCUACGUGUAUUUUUUACAUAACGUCUUACGCCGCCUUCAGCGAAACAUCUCGCUACUCCGUUGUCUCGUGAAUCUGUUAUCUCAUCAUAUAACGAUGAUUUCGACUCUUGUGUUAUUGGUGACUGCUCUGGGCGUCAUCGGCGUUGUGAAAGUUCUCUCUGUGCUGCAUCGGACGUUUUUUUACUGGAAGAAUAAGGGUAUACCAUAUCUUCCAAACUCGCUAUCGUCCUUUAUAGUGUAUUGCAAAUUGAUCAUGGGCAAAAUUUCUUUCGUUGACUAUAACCUGUAUAUGUACAAUUACUUCCCAAACGCUAAAUAUUUUGGAACCAAUAAUUUCGGCACUCCUACCAUACUUAUACGUGAUUCCGAGAUGCUUAAAGACAUACUGGUGAAGGAUUUCGAACACUUCCCGGAUCAUCUCUCUUUCAUUGACGAGAAUAUAGAACCGCUGUUUGGCAAGAAUAUUUUCUCUUUGCGCGGAGAUCGUUGGAGAGAAAUGAGAAAUACGCUGAGUCCCUCUUUCACCGCCAGCAAAAUGAAGUUCAUGUUCGAGCUAAUAUCCAAGUGUUCGCACGAUUUCGUCAAUUAUCUGGUCGACCAUCCGGAGCUCUGUCAUGAGAUCGAAACGAAGGAGGCCUUUAGACGAUACACCAACGACGUAAUUGCUACGGCAGCCUUUGGAAUAAGUGUGAAUUCCAUGAAGGAUAAAGACAACGAGUUCUACACAAGAGGAACAGAAGCUACGACAUUUCCUUCUGGACUGUUAAGAACGAUUGAGAUCAUGAUUCUACGCGCGUAUCCACGGUUUUCUAGAUUAAUAGGUUUGUCCCUUUUCCCGCCGGCUACGAACGCUUUUUUCAGAAAGGUGGUAGGGGAAACCAUCCGAGCGCGAGAAGAGCAAGGUAUCAUCAGGCCGGAUAUGAUUCAUUUACUAAUGCAGGCUCGGGCCAAGGACAGUGCCAGUGUUUCCAAAAUGACACUGGACGACAUCGUUUCGCAAGCAUUCAUCUUUUUCUUCGCUGGCUUCGACACCUCCUCGACCCUGAUGUGUUUUAUUGCUCACGAACUGGCGGUUAAUCGAGAGAUUCAGGAUCGUCUGCGCGAGGAAAUACUGCAGCACCUUGCCGAGGGAAACGGGGAACUUUCUUACGAAGCACUGUUGAAGAUGUCUUACAUGGAUAUGGUGGUUUCCGAGGCACUCAGAAAGUAUUCACCGGUAAUCUUUACCGAUAGACUUUGCUCGAAGAAAUACGAAUUGCCACCGUCGCAACCAGGCUGCAAAAGUGUAAUUGUCGAACCUGGUAAUACGCUGAUGAUUCCCGUUUAUGCUUUACAUCGCGAUCCGAAGUAUUUUCCGAACCCGGAUAAAUUCGACCCCGAACGAUUCAGCGAGAAGAACAAGGACAAUAUUUUACCGUACACUUAUCUACCAUUCGGUCACGGGCCUAGGAAGUGUAUCGGCAAUCGAUUCGCUCUUAUGGAGACGAAGAUCGUGAUAGCUCAUCUGUUACAAAAAUUUACAUUGAAGACUGUAGGAAAAACUCUAGAGCCCAUUGAAUAUUGUAAAAAUGAAUUUAACUUGAGACCUGUUGGCGGAUUCUGGAUUGGUAUGGAGAAAAGACAAACGUAAAAAUCGUGUGUGGAAAGAACAUAAUUCGACGAUAUUAUUGUGUUUGUAGAAUUGUUAUUGCGUUCUCAACUUUAAAAUAUUCAAUCAAUAAAAUAUUCGCGCAAAAGACGGUGAAGUGUACUAUACACUACCAUUAAAGUUUUUGCUAACAAAUGAUUAAGUUUUUGCUAUGGCCUGAAAAAAUUGAAAAAUAUGUUUGUUACUUGCUUAGACUCUCGAGUCUAUUCUCCACGUGCUAAUCACUUUAAAUAACUUAUAUAACUUCUCCUUGUUGUCCAGUAGCACAGUAGAGAUGAUAGAAAAGAUAUUAUUAAUUGUUUAUGGAAAAAAUAUUUUAUCAUGUGAACGUCUGUUGUAUUUUUAAA